AACAGACCCAAACCCCAAUUUCGUUCCAUCUCCAAAACAACACUUGCCCAAGUAAAAAGGUGAAUACAACUGACAUCACCAGUUGUAGCGAAGACUUGAAUCAAAGCUGGUAGCAUUUGUAUCUACUAUUUUUCGGAUCUAAAAUGUCUUUGAAGCCAAUCUCAAGCCCAGUGCCGGUGGUUUGGUACCCUACCUUGGCGGUUUUUAUGCUCGCGAUCGGCUUGAUUGUCACGGCCUCUUUCUUCAUAUAUGAAGCCACAUCUUCGAAAAGAAACCGCAGUCUCGCUAAGGAGCUUACAACAGGAGCAGUAGCGUCAGUCUUCCUGGGAUUUGGAUCAUUGUUCUUGCUUCUUGCUUCUGGUGUCUAUGUUUGAUUCUGCACCUGACCAUGCAUUUUCCCUUCCCCAAACUAUUGAGAUGAUUCAUACAUGGUGGAUAGUUUUGCUCAAGUGAUGUAGCUUUCUUUGUUAACUUUUCGUAAUAGUAACAGCUUCAUGUCAUUAGCAUGUGGUUUGCUUCGAACAAAAGAACUAUUUUCUUAGACUGGUAUGUUGUUUGCCUGUUUCAAACUUAGUGGUGCAUGAGACAUUCCUAAUAACCCAGAAAUCAGUAACUCAUAUGUUAACCUUUUUUUUUUU